AUGAGUCUCUUAAUGGGGAAACAAAUAGAGACGGCCAACACCCGCGGAAGACACGCAGCAGCAGCAGCAGCAGCAGCAGCAGCAGCGACACUAGCAGCAGCGACUGCAGUAGCAUCAGCAGCAGCAACAGCAGCAACAGCAGCAACAGCAGCAACAGCACUUGCAGCGCCACAAGCAGGUACCGAAGACAACCCGAGACAGCAGAAGGAAAGGCAGCAAGGCAAGCAGCAGCAGCAGCAGCUGCUGCUGCUGCUGCUGCGGCAACAGUUCGCAGCUGCUGUGCCAGCAUGGCACACACCUACGGGGAUGGCCAUUAGCUGCAGCAGCAGCAAGAAGCAGCAAGCAGCAGCAAGCAGCAGCAGCAUUAGCUCAAGCAGCAGCCGCCGCCGAAACAGCAGCAGCAGCAACCAAGGUAGCAACAGCAGCAGCAGUGCUAACUGCAGCAGCAGCAUCGAAAGCAGCAGCAGCAGCAGCAUUAGCUGUAGCAGCAGCAGCGGUCGUACUCACAGCAACAAUAGAAGCAGGGCUAGCGGUAACUGCAGCAGCAGCCGAACUAAGCAGCAGCAGCAGAAGCAGCAGCAGCAGCAGCAGCAGCAGCAGCAGCAGCAGCAGCAGCAACAGCACUAG